ACAGAAAGACCAACAUUGAGCUCCUGCUUUAAUUUCUACACAAUUCCUUCAGUACCAAGUGUGGCUACUCUGCGCUUUCUCAGAACUAAAAGAAAACAAAAAAGCAUAUCGACUUUUUUGUUUCAAGGAAUAUUUGUGUUCUUUGAUCUGCUGGAGAGUUUGCAGAUAUUGAUAUUGUUGUUUCUCAGAGUCUUCUAAGUUGUUGAAAAGAUGGGAACUACCUUGUUCACUAGUUGCAGCUUUCCUUGGAGUUGGAGAUUUCAUCACCAACUAGUACCUUGCAGCCAUUUGCUGGCUUAUUCUUCCCAAGAAAGUGGAAUAUCAAGAGCCAAAGCAACUGCAGAACCAAGAGAAAGUGGGUAUCUUCGGGGAGAAAAUGAGAAGUCCUCUGGGUUUUUGAAGAGAAGGUCAGUUUUGGUUUCUGGGAUUUCUAUGCUUCCUUCUGCAGUUUUUGGAUAUCAAGGAGAGGGAUUGGCAGCAGUAAAACAAGGCCUUUUAGCAGGGAGGAUCCCGGGUUUAUCUCAACCAGAUGAAGAAGGCUGGAGGACAUACCGCAGGCCGGAUGAUAAAUCUGGGGGCCAUGGUGUCGGAUGGAGUCCAAUUAUCCCUUAUGCAUUUGUAGUGCCUCAAGAUUGGGAAGAGGUUCCAGUAUCCAUUGCUGAUCUUGGUGGCACAGAGAUUGAUUUGAGAUUUGCCAGCUCCAAGGAAGGACGCCUGUUCGUCAUUGUUGCUCCUGUUCUUAGAUUUGCAGACAAUCUAGGUGGAAAUGCAUCAAUUGAACUUAUUGGACCUCCAGAGAAAGUGAUUAAUGCAUUUGGACCAGAAGUGAUUGGAGAGAAUGUAGAAGGGAGGGUUCAAAGCAUUAAUGUUGCAGAACAUUCUGGAAGAAUGUAUUACCAGUAUGAGCUAGAGCCCCCCCAUGUUCUGAUCACUGCAACUGCUGCUGGGAAUCGCCUCUACUUGUUCGCCGUAACUGGGAGUGGUCUUCAGUGGAAGAGGCACUACAAGGAUUUGAAGAGAAUAGCUGAAUCUUUCCGUGUUGUCUAGUCGAGCACUUUUCUGAAUUGAACUAAGCAAAGCAGUAUGCUUUUCCCCCACAAUCUAAAACAAGAACAGAUAAGAGAAUCCAUUUACAGCAAAAUUAAUUCCCAUUUAAUAUCCUUUGUCCGGAGAAAAAUUUUAGAAAUGCUCUGUAGAGAUUAAAAAAAUGUAUUUACAGUACAGUCAAGUUAAAUUGGAAAUUAUACAUGUACUCUGGAUGUAA